AUGGCAAGACCUCAUGUUUUGGUCAUACCUUACCCAGCGCAAGGUCAUGUUCUUCCUCUAAUGAGCUUCUCACGUUACCUUGCCAAACAAGGUAUCCAAAUUACAUUCAUAAACACCGUGUUUAACCAUAACUGCAUCAUCAAUUCCUUAUCAGAAUCAUCCCAUGACUAUGUCGAGGAUGAGAUCAACCUUGUUUCGAUCCCGGACGGUUUAGAAGAUUCACCAGAAGAGAGGAGCAUUCCUGGGAAGUUGUCGGAAUCGGUUUUGCGUUUUAUGCCUACCAAAGUAGAGGAACUGAUCGAGAGGAUGAUCGCGGAAAGUACAAUCAUUAGCUGCGUUGUGGCGGAUCAGAGCUUGGGAUGGGCGAUUGAAGUCGCGGCUAAGUUUGAGAUCAGACGCGCCGCGUUUUGUCCUGCCGCGGCUGCGUCUAUGGUUCUUGGAUUUAGUAUUCAGAAACUAGUCGAUGAUGGUCUUAUUGAAUCUGAUGGGACUCCGAAGGUUAAUAAGACGAUCCAACUAUCUCCUGGGAUGCCAAAGAUGGAAACAGAUAAGUUUGUGUGGGUUUGUCUGAAGAACAAAGAAUCUCAAAAGAACAUAUUCGAACUUAUGCUUCAAAACAACAAGUCAAUCGAGUCAACGGAUUGGUUGUUGUGUAACUCAGUGUAUGAACUAGAAACGGCAGCGUUUGGACUGUAUCCACAAAUAUUACCAAUUGGUCCCAUUGGUUGGUCUCAGAGUCUAGGAGAUGAUAAAUUUACAUCAAUAGGAAGCUUUUUACCUCAGGACCGGGAUUGUCUAGAUUGGUUAGACCGGCACAUUCCUGGUUCGGUUAUAUAUGUUGCCUUCGGGAGCUUUGGGUUCAUGAGCAAGGUCCAAUUAGAAGAGUUAGCAAUUGGUCUAGAGCUUACAAAGAGGCCGGUCUUGUGGGUCACUGGCUCAGGUGAUCAACCACCUAUCAAACCCGGGUCGGGUCUGGUCAAAGUGGUGAGAUGGGCUCCACAACGGGAGGUCCUUUCGCAUAGAGCCAUUGGAUGUUUCGUGAGCCAUUGUGGAUGGAAUUCAACUUUGGAAGGAGCCGGAAAUGGGAUACCAUUUGUAUGCAUCCCUAAUUUUGCAGACCAGUUUAUCAACAAAGCAUAUAUCUGUGACGUGUGGAAGAUUGGACUAGAGUUUGAACAAGAUGAACUAGGAGUUGUGUCCAAGUUAGAGGUGAAGAAGAAGAUCGAUGAGGUCAUGAGAAACGAUGGAGAGUAUACAAAACGAGCUAUGAUGGUUAAAGAGGUUAUGAUGAAAAGUGUUGCAAAAGAUGGCGUUUCUUAUGGAAAUCUUGAUAAAUUUGUCAACUGGAUCAAAGAAAAAGUGAACUGA